AUGGUUGACUUUUUCAAGAUCCUCGAGGCGCCGCUGACAAAGCCACCGCGCUCAGCGAGGACCAAGGAGCUCUCCAGGACGAUCCGCGACCAGAUCGAGCUGGACCUCGCGGCGCUGUCGCUGCGACGAGACGCCAUCAGCCGGACGGAGCUUCCGGGCACGUUUCGCGACCGCGACGCGGCGGCGCGCGAGUUCGGGCUCGCGCGCGACCUCUUCAUCCACAGCCUGUACCGGACCAAGCUGACGGCGCGCAAGGUGGCGGCGAGGGGCGGGAAGGCAGGAGGCUGGAAGAAGAAGCAGCAGCAGCAGCAGCCGCAAAAGGCGCCGGCGGUGCUGGCGCUGCCGGAGCUCAAGCGCGAGCUUGCGCUGCUCGAGGCGGCGCAGGACGAGCACCGGGCCCUCGAGGCCAGCCUCAGCAGGGCCAGGGCCAGGUACGCGGCCGCCGAGGAGGAGCUGGCCAGGACGCUGGCGGAGAGGGAGACGCUGGGCCGCGAGAUUGCGCUCUGCGCCUGCAUGCUGCGGGAGGUGGAGCGGUACGGGCUCAGCAGGGUCGUCGACGGCGGGCUUGGGCUCGACGCCGCGGCCGGCCGCGUCACGGAUGGCAGGGUGCGGGAGGGGCUGGUGGGCUAUGUCGACUCCGUGCUUGGGGGCGAGAUGGUCCAGGCGGUUGGGUGGCUUUAG